AUGGUAGAGCAUGUCAAUGGUAUCUACGAUGUGCUUAUCCCCCAAGCAUACAGUCACGUGCCCAAGUUCAACGAUCCCACUCUGUGUGGGUGGGCAUAUGAGCACCCACUGCACUCCACAUACAUGUGGAAGGACUACCUGGCUGGAAAACGGGUGCAAUGGUUCCCUGCGGCCCACCUACGCAACAGUUGGCUGCACCACAUGGGCGAUAGUAUUGAUCGCUGGAUGUUCAAAUUUACUAUGAGAUAUGUCCUAGACGAAGAGCUGGGCGAAAAGGGCCAAGUACUCUUGGUUAGGUACCUUGAUCCAAGUCUGCAGAGUCUGCUCAAGCGUGUGCACUACGAAGUGACGGUGUAUUCGUGGCCCCUUGCCAACGUGACCAUCUCCUUUGCGCCGUUUUCGCGGCUCGUUCGCAUUGAUGGGCUGAGUGCGUUCACUGACUCAGACACCCGAACAGGCAGGAGAUAUCCAGAUAGGGUAGGUGGAGUGUAUGAACAGGUGGUAGGUAUCCGGAUUGUGUAG